UAUUGUGUGAGUAGGAGGAGUCGCUUUCCUGUGAUUGUCUGGCUUCUCUCUCGCGCUCUCUCUCUCUCUCUCUCUCUCUCGCUCCCCUGUUCCCUGUCUCAUUUUUUCCAAAGUUGCAUAUUCCGCUCACUGGGCGCUGUCGCUAGCGGAGCGGUGCAGCCCCGCAGACUGAACGCACCGGGCGGCUAUUUUGUUUUUGAGUGCUUGUUGUUGCGCCGUGUGGAGCAGACUUGGAGCGAAGGAGUCCGCUCCAGUACAUCCCGGCUCGGUUCAGACCCCUGUCUGUCCCACCUCUCCCGUGUUUCUUCUAACUUCAUUUCGGUCUACUUUCAAGAUGACAGAAGAAAAGAGAGUUCGGCAUUCAAAGCUGGUGAUCUGCCAGCUUCCGUGGGUUUUGAUGUCACCUCUAGAUUGGUUCAACUGAAGAUGGAAACACUGGAGUCUGAGCUGACCUGCCCGAUCUGCCUGGAGUUGUUUGAAGAUCCUCUGCUCUUGCCUUGUGCCCACAGCCUGUGCUUUAACUGUGCCCACCGGAUCCUGGUGUCUCACUGCUCCACCAGCAAGCCCCUCGAGUCCAUAUCGGCCUUUCAGUGCCCCACCUGUCGUUACGUCAUCACGCUGAAUCACCGCGGCCUGGAGGGCCUUAAGCGCAAUGUGACGCUGCAGAACAUCAUUGACCGCUUUCAAAAGGCCUCCCUUAGCGGCCCUAAUUCCCCCACUGAGAGCCGGCGCCUGCAGCCGCAGCGGCCCUACACCGCCACCAUUAGCGGUACAAUAGCUGGGACAAUUGGCGGCGGCGGUGGUGGGGGUGGUGGUGGCACAAGUGGAAGCAGCGCCCGCGGCAGCCCGGCCACUUCCAGCCACUCCCACCCGCACGCCAACCACACCAAUCACACCAACCACAGCAACCACACCAACGCAAACCACAGCCCAGCUGUUGUUGCUAAAAUGGAUCCACGCAUCAGCUGCCAGUUCUGUGAGCAGGAUCCGCCGCGUGAGGCCGUCAAGACGUGCGUCACGUGUGAGGUGUCCUACUGCGACCGCUGCCUCCGCGCAACACACCCCAACAAGAAGCCGUUCACCAGCCACCGCCUGGUGGAGCCGUUGCCGGACACUCACAUCCGCGGCCUGACCUGCCUGGAGCACGAGAAUGAGAAGGUCAACAUGUACUGCUUGGUGGAUGACCAGCUCAUUUGUGCCCUGUGCAAGCUGGUGGGGCGCCACCGAGAGCACCAGGUGUCCUCGCUCACUGAACGCUUUGAUAAGCUCAAGCAAACCCUGGAGAACAACCUGACCAACCUGGUGAAGAGGAACAGCGAACUGGAGAACCAGAUGGCAAAGCUCAUCCAGAUCUGUCAGCAGGUCGAGGUGAACACAGCCAUGCAUGAAACCAAGCUGGUGGAGGAGUGUGAUGAGCUAGUGGAGAUCAUCCGCCAGAGAAAACAGGUCAUCGCUGUGAAGAUCAAAGAAUCCAAGGUGAUGAAACUGCGUAAAUUGGCUCAGCAGAUUGCAAACUGUCGCCAGUGUCUGGAGCGCUCCAGUGCCCUCAUCACACAAGCCGAACAGAGCCUGAAGGAGAAUGACCACGCCCGCUUCCUCCAGACUGCCCGAAAUGUAGCUGAAAGGGUUGCCAUGGCGACAGCCUCCUCCCAGGUACUCAUUCCUGACGUCAACCUGAAUGAUGCGUUUGACAACUUUGCCCUUGACUUUUCUCGAGAGAAGAAGAUUCUGGAGGGACUAGAUUACCUCACAGCUCCCACCCCGCCAUCCAUCAGAGAGGAGCUGUGCACCGCCUCCCAUGACACCAUCACUGUUCACUGGACGUCAGAGGACGAGUUCAGCGUCACCUCCUACGAGCUGCAGUACACCAUCUACACCGGCCAGACCAAUUUCAUCAGUCUGUACAACUCGGCAGACAGCUGGAUGAUCGUACCUAACAUCAAGCAGAACCACUACACGGUGCACGGCUUGCAGAGUGGCACCCGUUACAUUUUCUUUGUCAAGGCUAUCAACCAGGCAGGAAGCCGCAACAGUGAGCCCGCCCGCCUCAAGACCAACAGUCAACCCUUCAAGUUAGAUCCAAAAACGGCCCACAAGAAGCUGCGUCUGUCCAACGACUGUCUGACCAUGGAGAAGGACGAGAGCUCGCUGAAGAAGAGCCACACCCCGGAGCGCUUCAGCAGCACGGGCUCCUAUGGGGCAGCUGGUAACGUCUUCAUUGACAGUGGGUGCCACUACUGGGAGGUGCUGCUGGGAGCCUCCACAUGGUAUGCCAUCGGCGUGGCUUACAAAUCAGCCCCAAAAAACGAAUGGAGUGGCAAGAACUCGUCUUCAUGGGUGUUCUCGCGCUGCAACAACAACUUUAUGGUGCGCCAUGAUGGCAAGGAGAUGCUGGUGGAGGCAAGCCUGCAGCUGAGGCGGCUGGGAGUCCUGCUGGACUACGACAACAACUCCCUGACCUUCUAUGAUGCCAUGAACUCCCAGCACAUUCACACCUUUGAAGUCUCCUUCCUCCUGCCCGUUGUACCCACUUUCAUGAUCUGGAACAAGUCAGUCAUGAUACUAUCAGGUCUCCCCGUCCCCGACUUUGUCGACGGUGUGGCCUCAGAUCUGCAAGAGCAGCAACAGCAGCAGAUGGGCCUGUGCCGGCAAGAGUCACCAUACUUGACCGGGAUGAAGACCUGCCACUGAAAAGGCUCACGAAUGCCGAGCAGAGUCCGCUCAGCCCCGGUGACUGAAGGUUGAUGGGAGCUGAAAGACAUUGCCAGUGGGACUGAGUUCUGGUCUAUCCUCUGCAUUAAGAGCAGACCAGUAACUUUCUUGUGAAUUUAGAAAGUGUUGGAGGUAUACACACCAGUCUGGAAAGAUGUCAGUCCUGUUAGUUUGUAGCCAUCCAAUGCUUUGCAAAUCCAUCAGUGAAUAGGAGCACGAUCUCUUGACUACAACUGUCAGUAGACCUUAAAUUCAUCUGAGGCCCUGGAGUCACUGAGGGCAGGGCUGGACAUCUGGUUUAAUGUUUAAUAUUUAACGUCUUCCUUUUUGAUUUAUCUUCCUCCUGAUCUGAUCCCAGCCGUCAGCCAUUUAUUUAGAGUUUGAAGUUAUAACAUAUGAUCAAAUCACACCUGUGGUAGAUUAAAAACACAGCAGAAUUCAGAGGCAGCAACAACAAGAAAAAACAGUGAAGAAUCCUCAGACUACAGAUUUGUUGCUUUUAUUUUAAAUGUUCCAUAUAUCAAGUGAACUAAAUCUGACAAAAGCUAAAUUAAACUGUAAAUUAAUUUGCAGCUAAAGGAAUAGUUUUAAAUUAAAUAAUUUUUUUUGCGAGUUAAAUGAGCCAGGCCAGAUGUUUUCCCACCUUUUGUUCUAAUCUGAACGAACCAUCUGCUACUUGUAUAACUUCAUAUUUAGCACACAAACAUGAGAGUGUAAUCAUUCUUCCAAUCUAACUCCCAGAAAGCAAGCGUAUGUCCUGUAACAUUUCUUCCUUUGAAUAUUGAUGUGCCUUCUUUGACUCCACUUUAUCAAGAGAACUACAUGCCGCCAUCUUGCUCAUGCUAAUACAUGCUAGCUGUGGACUUUUGUUUUGCAUCACAUGUCUUCUCAUGUGUCGUAGCCUCAGUAGCUGUAAGUGGUCAUUGCUAAAGUCUUUUCCUUGAUCUUCCUCCAGGAUUUGAUUCGGCAGUCUUUGUUUUGGCUGGUUGUAGCUUCCAGAUAUUAUAUGAUCACAGGGAUUUGAAUCAUGUGACUACUCAACUUGUAUAAUAAGAGGUUUAUUGAAUAUUCAAGAAACAAAAGUUAUUUAUGACAAAAAAAAGAGGAUCUCAACAUAUUAUUGAUGCACUUUUUAAUGAACACUAUAUCCCCUCUAAAGUAGAUUGAGCUGAGUGACAGGGGUGUAAUGGGGAGGAAAGUGACAACUAGACUACUGCUGGUUGUGUUCACUCUGGAAAAUUCUGCAUCACCUUAUUUUCGUACUCGUAUAUAUAAAAAAAUGAUCAAUUAUGGUAAAUAAUUGAUUAUGGGUACUGGAUGUCAACCAUUAUAAAGUAUUGCAAUAAAAUACAGUUACAUUUUUUUGUUGUUGUCUAGUUGUAAAUUUCCACAAUAAUCUGUGUAUCAAUUCUUCUUUUCACAUUCGAUAGAAAUCCAAAAUCGUUUCAAUUUCCAAUUUUGGAAAAGAACAAUUGAUACACAGAUUCAGAAGCCCCUGCUGUAAAGUUAGAAAGGUGUUUUCACUGUGCUUUGAACACAAACAGGGACUUUCCCUCCCCAUGGCUCUUUUCAAUAGCAUAUAGUGACUUUAUCUUGUUUAGAAAAGGGAUAUGAUUAUGAUGUUCAUGCGCUUUGUUAUCAUGUUGAAAUAUGAUAAACUAAUAGUUUUCUUUUUUUAAAGUCACUGUUUUCAACUAAUCAGGGAAGGAGGGGGUUAACACUUUAACUUGCUGUCUGUCGCAAUGUCAUGGCAUGAUUGUGUUUUCCUCUGUGAUUUGUUAACACACACACACACACACACACACACACAUACACACACCGACCUACACACACGUCAUGUUUAGGUUGGCCUUGUUGUGAUAAAUGCAUGAAACAUUGUCGGAUGCCACACCGGUUCACUGGGUAAUUUAAGUAGCUCUUUCAAGUUCAAUCUUGUUUUUUCAUCAGAGACUAACACAUCUGCAUAUUUGCUUCCAGCUGACUUGACCUCUUGUUGUCACCCAUCACUAUUCAGAUAGAAGCUGUAGCUGGAUCCAUUGUUUGCUUUUUAUUGGGAUUUGAAGGCCUAGUGUGGGUGACAGUUUUUCUCUGGUUUGAUAUUCAGGUAGUGGCUCCAAUUCAGACAAUCAAAUAUGUACUAUAGUUUAUGCAGACUUCAGAGAGUGUGUAGCAGAAACAGUAAGGAGGGAUUGUGACAGUGACACUUGAGGUUGUGUUUAAAAAAAAAUAAAAGCAGAUUACAAACCAUCUUGUUAGAUUUGACAACUCACAGCCAUGUUCACUCUUUUUACACAUCACCAGGUAUAUACUUAAUGUUGAAUGUCAAUGUAACAUUUGUAUUUCAAGCUAUGAUUUGCUCGUCCUUGAAAACACCCACUGAUUUCAACCAUUUGCUAGUAACUAUGGUUACGUAUUGACGAGUUCAGGCAAAGAUCCAGUAAUGUAAAACUCUCAGCUAUGGAGAGAUAGUGAAAACCUGACAUGUUGUGUCCUCUCAGUGCAUCUUUCAACCUGCAGGGAGUCUGUGUGAUGAUGCGUCAGCCAUUAUUGUUUGAUGGAGAUAUUGAUUGCAUGACCGCUGCAGGCAACAUAGAUGAUCAAUGCUGUAAGAGCUUUGAUAUGAGGAGUGGUUUAUCUUUGUUUCUGUCAGGCCGGUUAGUGACCUGACUGCUAGAUAUCCACCCAUCUUGUGGAGGCCUGUCGGUCACAGGCUCCAAACGAUCAUGUGUAGGUUUGUGAUCCAGACUGACAAGCUCAACUCAUCUGUUCAGGGGUGCUUGGCUGGGUCACUGCAUGAUUACGUGACCUUGCAGCAGGUUCAUAACUCUUUCCUCAUCUUCACGAUGGGGUUUCUUAUCUUGCGUCAAGCAUAUUCUCUCUUCUUUUUUGUAAA